AUGAAGACUAGGAAGGAUCAAAUGAAACAACAGAUCUCACAAGAAUUAGCUGUUGCUAAUGCUCAAAUGCUAUUGAAUAAGAUUAACGAGAAUUGUUUCGCAAAAUGUGUCACUCGACCUUCUACUUCUUUAUCCUCUUCGGAAGAACAAUGUCUAUCACGGUGUAUGACCCUUUACAUGAGUGCAUUUGACCAAGUGUCAAGGAGCUACGUGGCUCGGAUUUCUCGAGAAAGGGGACAAAACGGAUUAUCUGCAGGCUUAGAUGACCAGUUAUGA